AUGCUUUUUUAACAAAAAUUAUGCUUGAUUGUUUGGAAUUUAGAAUAAGCAUAUAAUAAGUAAAAUAAGAAUAAACAAACAAGAUCUUAUUUCUAACUUAAUUGUUAAAAAUAAACAUUAUAUAUAGCAGAAAUCUCUCAGAGUUACUUUCUGAGAAAAUAGUUUGAAUCAUAAAACAAUUAAAUAGACUGCGUAUAGACAAACUCCUUAAGUUAUUAUUAAAUAUAAAAUUCGAUAGAAUCGCUUUUUAUAAAAGACAUAUUAGCUAAUCUUUAAGAAAUGCAAUAGAUUAAAUCAUAAAUAAAGCAAGUGGAAUCAGCUAGGGAAUUUGUAUAUUGUGCAAAUUUAUAAAAUAUACUUACUUUGCAUAAUUAAGGAGUUAAUAAAAACAUAUACUAAGGUGUUAUUGUUCUUUUUGUAGUGCUCAUUUUUGAUUUGCUCAAUCUUUCUAUAAAUUAUAGCAGCUUUGGAAAGUCAUUGCUUCUCAUUUUAAUCUUUAAAUUAAGUCUACUUGUUGCAUUUUUAAUGGCGUGGAAUAGUAAAUCGUACUAAAAACUUAAUCUUAAUACAAAGAAAGUGAUUCUGUUUAUAUAUUCGAUAAUAUUGAUGGUUAUUUUCGCUGAAGAAAUAAUUUUAAAGGAGAAUAGUUAAAACUAAAAAAACAUAAUCAUUAUUGGUUUAAUACAGAUCUUCAUUAUUAUAAUUAUAUUUUGGCAAUUAUACUAAGAUAACAAUCUGGUAAUCGUAAUUAUUUGUUUGACAGCUGCAUAUUUUUUAGCAAGGUUAUUUUAUUACGACACUCAAAAUCCGGUAGAAAUAGUUUUUGGCAUUUUACAAUUUUUGUCAUUAGUAGCAUAUAUAAGCUUUAGAAUGCAUAAUUAAAUAUUACUAAAUUAAAUUAAAGCAGAAGGAUGUAAUUACAUUAGCACUUAGAGAUUUUUAUAAAAUAAUAUGGAUGUAAAUUAAUCACAGAUAUAAAGGAGUAAAAUAAAAAAUGAGUAAAAUUGUGACAUAUUUAAUGAUACUCUAAAUAUACAUCCAAGCUAGAUAAACCUUAAAUAGUAAAAAUAAUACAGCAAUAAUUAAUCACAUAUUUAAAACUAACUAGAUUAGUCUGGAAUGAAUUCACAUUAAAAAGAUAAGGGUUUUUCAUUUUCGUUUGAUCUAUAAGGAAGAGAACCACAAACUCCACUUUAGUAAUAGUUAGUAUAAGAAAAUUAAGCUAACAGCUAAAUACAUAAAUACUAAUUAAAUGGGAGUUAUUAAUACGAAAAAGAGAGUGAAUUAGCUCUUAAAAGUACUAGUAAUAACAGUUAAAAAUAAAAUAUAAGACCAACUAUUCGAGACUAGUCCAAUAGUGUUUAAAAAGCUAAUUCUGAAUCAUAAUAAAAGCUAAAUGGAUAUGGAGAAUUUAGCAUAAAUAAUUUUUAAAGCAAUGAGUAAAUUUAGCAGGGAUAGAAACAAUAAUUUAAAUCUUAAAUUGCCUGUUAAGCGUCAAUUUAAGCUUCACCUGUUUUUAACAUGUCAUAAGGUGGUUAAAAUCAAUAUGGGUCUUAGCAGUAAUUAGAAUCCUCAAAAAAUAUAAGUCUUGCACACUUAGAAACUGUCUAUACCAAAAAGAAUCAUACUGGAAAAUCUAUGAAUUCUGAAACAGUUAAUUUGGUUAAUUUUUACAAUAUGUUUUUCAACAUACUGCCUUAGGGAAUAGCAAUCAUUCCUCUUUCAAAUUUUCCUGAGAGUUUGGAAGGAUGCCAAAUAAAUUAAACUCUUAGCUCCUUAUUAGAAUGCGACAAUAAAGAAGUAUGUAUAUAAAUGCUUACAGAGCUAAAGAACUCGAAGCUAGAGGAGCAGUUAGCAUAGAUAAAUAGCAAUGUAAAUGUACCUAAUUUGGGUAGCAGUGGUUCCUAUAUGCAUUAAGAAUUUGCAGCAUUCAAAAGUGAUUCAAUAGUCAGUUCAACAAGCAUAAACAACCAACAGCAGUAAGAACCUUUAAAAACAAAAAAAACAAAUUAAUUAUUAUCAACUCACAGCCUGAAGGAAGAUGCCCAUAACAUAUUAUUAGAUAAUAUAAAUUUAGAAGAAGCAAGUGAAAAUUAUAUAAAUGAAAAAACCAGGCGUAUCACAUUUGUGAUAGAUUAUAAUGGCUUAAAAAGAAAUAAAAACAUUUCAAGUCAUAGCGAAAUUGUUUAGAAUUAAAGGAAAUUUUCAUUAAAUGAGUCAAGGAGUAAUAGAUUCUACUCUAAUGUUAAUCAAGAAGAUUCUAAAGGCAAUUAGAAUGGAGAUAAUUAAAGUGUUAAAGGACUACCUCUUUUAAAACCUAGCAACUACUAAGUUUAAGUGAAUUCCUCAACUAAAAUGUCUGUAAAGCUCGAGAUAGAACAUAUUAAAAAAUAAAUUCAAAAUUUAAAGUUCUUUGAUAGCUAUGAAAUGAUUGGAGUGCAUGUGAGAAUGGUUUCAAAAUGUUAAUUAAAUAGCUAAAAAACUAAAUAUUUCGAAAUAAUAUUUAUACCAUGCAUUGUUAAAUCUGAAAUUACAGUUGUACUUGUUGUCAAAGAUAUCACCCACUUUAAUGAAAUUGAAGUUUUAAAGAUGGUAAAUGAAAAUAAAAGCUAAAUGUUAUCUUAAGUGGCUCAUGAAAUAAGAACACCUUUAAAUUGUGUGAUAAGUAUGAUAGAAAUAACCAAAGAUUUAGCAGAGUAGUCUGUGUGUGAAAAUUUUUUAGCACCUGCAUUAACAAGUGCUCGUUUACUGAAUAAUUUAAUAUAAGAUUUAUUAGACAUGGCAUAAGUAAAAGCCGGCUGCUUUUAACUUAAAUCUACAAAAUUUAACAUUAGAAAUUUGUUAGAGGAGGUUAAGUAAUUGAUGAAAGUGUAAGUGCAAAGCUCUAAUAUAUAAAUGGAAAUUUCAAUUAGCGAUUAAGUGCCAACGUUUAUAUACUCUGAUCCUUUUCGAAUAAGAUAAAUACUAAUAAAUCUUAUAGGCAACGCUCUUAAAUUUACUUAGAAAGGAUUUAUUACAGUCGUAGCUGAAAGGUACACAUAUUAAAAUAUUGACACCAUAGUUAGAAUAUCAGUAAAAGAUACAGGUAUUGGUAUUAAGCCAAAGUAAAAGUAAAAAUUAUUUCAAGCUUUUGGAAAGUUAGACGAUGAUAACUAAGAAUACCUUAAUCCUAAGGGAGUUGGUUUAGGACUUAUGAUUUCAAAUGAAUUAGCUAAAAAAUUGAGCAAUCCUAUAUUUACAAACUAGGGAUUAGAGGUAGAAUCUGUUUAUGGAUAAGGAUCAUAAUUUUCUUUUUUUAUUAUUGAUAAUGUCUAGCUUCAAGCUUCGGUACUAUAAGUCUCUUAAAAAUAGAUAUAAAUAUAUGAUGCAAAAACAGAAAGAACUAUUGGUAUCAAAAAAAAGGUAGAUUAAAGUUCUUUACAUAGAAUAGAUGAAGAGGACAGAGAAGUAAAGAGUCAGAAUGAAAUUUUCCUUGAAAAUAGUGGAAUACAUUUGUCAAAACAAAAUAAUCCAUCAAUCUAAAAUUAUUAAAUGUCUAAUACUUUAUAAGCAAUUUCAAACAAUUCUAAUUAAUGGAACUAGAGCACAAGUAUUAUAUAUGCCUAAAACCAUGAUUAAAACUAGAAAUAGCUAAAUAGCAGCUUAAAUAAUUAACUAACACAUGACAUAAAUCAUUAGUAAAACAACAUGAAAAAAGGUUCAUCUCUCAACCCUGCAUAAGAACCAAAUAAAGUAGUUCAUUCACAUAACAGUUUUGAUCACAAUAUAGAAGAUGAAGAGAGUAGAAUAAACCCGAUAAAUAGCUAGUAAUAUAAUAAACAAGAUGAAUCAAAUUUAGCUCCUCAUUUUAAUGAUAAUAAAUUAAUAAACAAGUCUUUUACACCAUAACCUCAUAAUUCAAAUAUGAGCACUAAUGACUACAAUUACGAUGCUGUUGAUUAUGAUUCUCAAUAUUAAAAAUAGUAAAACAAUUCCUAAUUUUCAAAUAAAUUACAAAACUAGGUAUCACAAUAAAAAAUAAAUAUAUAAUCAUUAAUCCCACAUAGUGGUCCUUCAUUGUAAUCUCCAAAUAUUAACUCUGUUUAAACAAAGAGAAUGAGUAUCCAUAAACAAUUUUUUAUCAAGUAAUAUGAGGAACUUGAAAAUCAGUUUGGUUCUGUUGUUAAUCCUCUUGAAACUAAGGAGUUUGGUUCUGUUAUAUCUUCUUAGCUAGAAGAAUAGCAAGCAACAAACAGUAAAACUGAAAAAAUAGUUUGUUAAUGCAAAAAAAUACUUAUAGUUGAUGAUAAUACAUUUAAUGUCUAUGCUCUUUAGUAAUUAAUUAAAACAUUAAAGUAGGUAGAAUGUGAUACUUCAUUGAGUGGAGAAUUAGCAAUUGAACUCAUUAAAUAAAAAUUAACAAAAAACUGUUGUCAGUCUUAUAAAAUAAUAUUCAUGGAUAUUGACAUGCCUUAACAAAGUGGUUUAGAAACUACGAGAAUAAUAAGAUAAAAUUUUUUGAGCUCAAAAGAAACUAUGAUAAUUGGGUGCUCAGGCUAUUCAAAUUCUUAAGAAUAUCAAAAUUGUAUAGAAGCUGGAAUGAAUGAUUAUCUGUCAAAACCUAUUGAUAAAAAUCUUCUUAAAGAUAUGUUAGAAAAUUUUUUGUGA